AUGCGCGCCCUCUCCCGCCUGCUGAUGGCCACACCCUCCACUAUGGGCUCCAAAUCCAGCCUCAGCGAAGCCCUCGCCCUCCUCCCUCCCCUCCAACUCUACCGCCGCAUCCUCCGCGUCCACCGCAAGAAACUCGACCCCGAGAUGCGCAUCCUCGGCGACUCCUACCUCAAGAGCGAGUUCAGGGCCCACCGCAAUGUGGAGAAUCCGUUGCAUAUUAUCGGGUUCUUGACGGAGUGGCAGUUGUACGCCCAGAAGUUGGAGGGCGAUACCUGGGUUGGAGAGAAACUGGAUAAGAAUAAGUUGGAUAAGAUGAGUGACCAGCAGAUCGGCCAAUUAUACGAACUCAUGAACGCUAUCAAGAACGAUGGGGAGGGUGAGGGCGAGGGCCAACAAUAA